AAAAUGAGCGGCGACAACAGCAGCAAACGGCAACAACUGAGCCAAUGGCCGACACAUCAGGUCUACAUUAUUAUUAUGUUCAGUCUAAAAAUAUAGCGCCCAACGUGAGCAACGUAGAGCGCGUCGACGCGAUCGCUGCCGGGAUCACAGCGAAACAGUGAAUUCAGUGGAUACGUGGUAGCGCGUGGGAGGGCGAGGGUCAGCGUAAGCUAGUUAGUUAAAAUGCCGCCAAAGCGACCGCCGCCGCUGGUGCCAAAGAAGCCGAAUCCCAGCAUGAACUACGAGGUGCUAAUCUACUUGAACAGCUUCUACUUUGGCAUGUUCGCCUGCUGCGAAAUGGCCAUGGGAUUGCUGAAGGCAAUCAAUCUGAGCUAUACGGGUCACACGCUAGCUCAGGACUCGGCGGUGAUGAUAAGCUUUAUAGUUGUGGAGACGUUUCGUUUAAUAAUGGGGCGCAAGGGGACGCUGGCCGAGCGAGGCUGGUCUGCCAUACUGUCGGUCUUUCUGACCGCCCCCUGCUUUCUGGGCGUCUCGUAUCUGCUGCUGCUGCAGACCUACAGGCUGCGUCUGGAAUACUGCCUUUGUACGCUGCAGAUCGCACUCUACCUGACCGAGGUGUGGUACGCCAUAGUCUUCGUAUUUUCAAUGUGUCGUCCAGUAACUUAUGAUUAGUAACAUAAAAGCAACAGCCGCAAGACGAGACAUUUACACUGUACUGCAUAUAUAUGUAUAUAUACGUAUGUACUCAAAAAAAAAAAACAAAAUAAUAA